AUGCCGGGCUACCCCACGGGAUUGUUACUGGGCUGUCGAAUGUCUUCGCGGCCUCGUGUAUCAUGGCUUUCGCCCGCGCUCGCUUCCCACCAACAACUUGAUGCAGGGAUCGCUGCACGACACCAGGUGGACCGUAAAAGUAUUAAAAAGUCCAAACGCCCCUUCGAAAACUAUUUUCGGUCGGAAUACCGCUGCUCUCCAUCACCCAGUAGGUUCACUCUGCGCCCAGGUGGCCGGGUUUCAUCGUACGACGCAGUGAAACUCAUGACUGAUCCUAGGCGCAACUGGUCACCCUUUUGGGGCCGCGUUGUGGGUAACGUGCGGACACAAAAGAAGCGACAGGAUGUGUUGCAACCUGCACCUCAGCAGUUCGGCGAGGACAGCCUUGACCAAACAAUACAACGUUUCCUAGAGCUUCGCUUUCAAUGGGAUCGUGGGGAUGACAUCCUUGCUCCGAGUUUGGUUCCGCCUAGUUUGUAUAGUUUGACUGAGCACUGUCUUCCGUACGCGUGUGAUGAGCAACAACAGCAGCAGACGGUUAGCGACUGCGUAGAGUUAGACGGGGGUGGCGCACACUCAUCUGCAUUCCGUGCGCGGGGAAGGCGGAAGUGCUUGUUAGUACCCAGAGGAAAUUUAGGUUCAAGUGGUGUUGAAACUAUCCCUUCUAUUGUUCUCGAUGCAGCAAGAGGUCCUCUUGUGUCAUCGCCGACGGAACUUUCGUUGAACCUGCGUUGGAAGGCAACGAACCGUGAGGCCACCAGUGUAAGUGAGGUAUUGCGUUUGCAGCAGUGUGUAGGGCAUGUGCCUGUCAUGGGUAUGACGGCACGAUCAUUGCUACUUUUGCUGAAAGCUCAUGCCACCGCUGAGGUCGAGAAUCCCCCACUGGCCGUUGCUCUCGCUAUAGCAGCUGCGGAACACUACCACGAAUACACCCCUACUGAGUGUUUGGAGCUUCUGCGGUGCCUACGUAGGGUUGCCUUUGUGAAGGGGUUGACGCAGCUGUCGCACUCACAGGUUAAUGUUGUUUCUUUGUACCGUGACUCGAGACACUCCCAGAUGUUUUUCGCAGGGUAUAUAGGAGACGCAGCCCCUUUUUUGGUAGAACGUGUAUGGUCUCGCCUUCCCGAGCAUGCUCAACGGCUCUGUCGGCGACGACUCUUCCUCGACUUUAUAGAUCUACUAGCACUAGCGGUAGAAAUGAAUGGCUGGAGGUUCCCGUGUAAUUUACCGAACCCCGCCAGCUCCGCAACUUAUGCAUCCAAGUAUCUCUUCUUGCGCUAUACACUGCAGUUGGAUGAAGCCAUGAUGACAGAGUAUGUGAGGUGCGUUGCAGACGCAACAUUUUCCGCACCGCAGACCGAACUAUAUACAAAUGUUGGCGGACAACAGCAAAACUCGAGGCAACUGAUUGCCAGUCGCUGUGAUCCAGAUGACAGCGAAACCUUAUUCACUCCACUUAUUACAUGGCUGUGUGUGUCUUUUUUGGCUCGUGUUACUGCAGAGGCCGUCGGGGAUGUACUGCGGCACACUGAGAUAUCUCUCAAGCAACACAUGAAACUUGCCAAAGAUUAUCAAUCGGCGGCAGCGCGCGGGAAGUCGAAACUACAGCGACUAAAGGCUGAGAGGGACCUGCAGCAGUUCCUUGACAGCAUUGCGCUCGUGAGGCCACGACAUCAUGUAUACCAGUGCAUUGGGCGUCGACACCCGAGGAAGAUGCGCCUCCGUGUCAUUCCGCUUGAAGCCUUUCCUGCAAUAUCGCGACACACAGGGCUUCCCUUUGGAUCGGCGUCGCGACACGCGCACCUGUCCGCAGAGAGGCGGUGUGGAAGUUUUGAACAUGACGAUUGGACGUUCGAAGCUGUUGUAGCUCGUUCAGCUCUCGCACGGAAGCACAUCGAGCGCGCUAAGGAUGCGCUGGACUGGGCCGCAAUGAUGCUGACAAAUUGUGCAGUAAUUGCCAGACACAUUCCGACCCCGGCCAAACGGCUAGAAGCUUGUGGUCCCAAGCAUACGUUUGUAUUCCCUGCCGCAUCUCAUCUACCGUCAAGCAUUGAUGCAGCAAGUAAUCGUCUCGCUUGGUGCGAGGCGCUGGUGCGGUCCCGUGUGCAAGAGGACAUAGACUCGCUUUUCCUCCACAUACCCUGGUGCGAACUGGAGGAGCAGCUGCAGCCAUUUUUAGAUUCCGAGGGGAAAGCUAACGGUAUUGAAAGUAAGGAAGGAACCCAACGUGCUGGUAAGGUCACAACAGCAGGGGAUGAUGGGACCAGCUUGUUGGAUGCAUAUUUUCCUUUUGACUUUCUGGACAAUUCCGGCGGGACUGGUGACUGCAGGCAGGUGCCGCCCAUCGAAUAUGAUGACGCAGAGCACACAAAGCACCCGAAGACGGCGCAGCAAGAUCAGAAUUCUCUAGAGGCGCUCCAGGUUAGUAUCGAAAAGUUUCAAGUUACCGUGGCGGAGUUGAUCCGCGCACAGGAGGAUUACUUUCUGAUUCUUUAA